GCGGAAGUGCUUGUUUGUGUUUUGGUUCGGAAAGGGAAGUUAAGGCAGAGAGCAGAAGACACGGUGGGAUUAUUAUCACCUGACUGCGAUACCGCAGGGUUUAUUCCGACCUCCCUGGGUCAGAAAUCAGUGUCCUCGAACCGCCGACUGACCUCCAGCUCUUCCUGAAAGAUUGAGGCGUGAGUGCACUCGAAGGAGAAGUGGACGCUGACUGCUGUCAUGGCCAAUCGGGGAGCAGCGACUCGGCCCAGCGGGUCCAACGCAGGCAAUAAGAUCUGCCAGUUCAAACUGGUGCUACUGGGAGAGUCUGCAGUGGGCAAGUCGAGUCUCGUGCUGCGUUUUGUGAAGGGCCAGUUCCAUGAGUUUCAGGAAAGCACAAUAGGAGCGGCCUUCCUGACACAAACGGUAUGCCUGGAUGACACGACAGUGAAGUUUGAGAUUUGGGACACAGCCGGACAGGAGCGCUACCACAGCCUGGCCCCGAUGUACUACAGAGGAGCUCAGGCGGCUAUCGUGGUCUACGACAUCACUAACGAAGAGUCAUUUGCAAGAGCAAAGAACUGGAUAAAGGAGCUUCAGAGACAGGCCAGUCCAAACAUCGUCAUCGCUCUGUCUGGGAACAAGGCUGACCUCGCAAACAAGAGGGCUGUUGAUAUUCAGGAAGCCCAGUCUUACGCAGACGACAACAGUUUGCUUUUCAUGGAGACAUCAGCCAAGACCUCCAUGAAUGUCAACGAGAUUUUCAUGGCUAUUGCUAAACGUUUGCCGAAAAGCGAGCCUCAGGGUUCUGUAGCUGGCAGUGGACGCAGUCCCGCUGUGGUACUAACCGAGACGUCUCCACCUGGCAGAGAGGACUGCUGCGGCAACUAAUGCAAAACAUCCCACCCAUGCAAACUGUUAGCAAGCCAACCAACGCAAGGCCUUGCCCCUCCUCAGACUUGUUUAGGACUGUAACUAAUGACAUGCCCUGCUCUGUUCCAUUGCAUAACUCCGUGAACAAAAGCUAAGCCCUGUCCCUGUGCAUUUCCACACUGCUCUGCCUUCUGAUGGUUAUGGCUCAUGUUCAAACAUUACACUCUGCUUUCACAUCAGGAAAAAACAAACAUUUUCCCUUCUCUAUCAAUCAGCCUUAGGCGACAGGGUGGGGCCUCGUAGUUAACGUAGUAGUAGGGCCUCGUAGUUUUUUUUUUUUUUAAAUAGGAAAAUAUUUUGCAGAUUAAUGAAUGCAUGUUUCACUACAAGGCUUAAACAUGAAGAGAAAAUUCAACAUUAUUCAGUGGCACAAGCAGUGAGCGAGGAUGAGACGGAGUCCUUUUCCUUUCCAGUGCUUCCUGCAGCACGUUCCUGCAGAUGUGGUCCCACUCCACAUCUGUAUGUGCCUCAGUGGCAAUGUGCAAUAGCUGACUGCCCGUGUUUUUUGACUGUACUUCCUAAAAACUCUUCAUGCCAACAAAAUCUCCACCCUGUGUUCACCUGUACACCCGCCACACACUGAAGGUUCUAUUGCCGCAGACUGACUGUGGCCUGACCCGGAAACCUUUACUGAUUUGGGGUUCUGCACACGUGGGGCUCUGUGUUGGCUGGUAUGCGUGUUUGAGAAAGUUGUUUACACUGUAACAGGUGGUAAAAGAUCAUUUGCACCCGCAUUUUGAGCUUGUACAGGUAGACUCGUCCUCUUUGGUCCCCUCUCUUCAUCAGACAUGCUCCUGAUGCUGAACUCUCUCUCUUUCUGGUUUUAAGACACAUGCCUUGCACUAAUUUUGUGUAAAUAUCUGAUAUCUGCUCUAAGUUGUGUGUGUGUGUGGUGAAAUAAGUACUUGGACACUUUUUUUUGUUUGUUUUUUGUUUUCUCAUUCAAUAUACCGUACUUCUAGUGCAUAUAUCCACCUUAAAUUCAACACACACUGUCUUGACUUUGUACUUUCUUGUCCAUAUUUAUGUAUUCAUAAGCAGAAAGGAAGAUAUGUUUAAAAACAAUUGAUUUCGACAAAUAUUUAGACACGACAAAUUCACAACAUUAGUACUUUCCUGCCAAGGGGUUAGGAUUUUGGCCCAUUCCUUUCUUUUUGCAAAUCGUCUUCAGUUCCCCAAGGUUACGAAGCUCCAUCUGAUGGACUCUGUUUCAGAAUCUGGAGGUUGGAUUAGCGAGGCGAGGCAACGCAAACACUUUCAACAUCUUAGAAACCAGCGGCAUGUUUUUGUGGCUCACGGUCUUGUUGAAACGUCCAUCUUCUACGCAGAUUCAGUUUCAUGGCUAAAACUCCUCGAAUGUAUCUGGGUGCAUCACUCCAUUCAUGUUUUCUUUGAUGGUGUGUCAUGCCCGAGUCAUAUUUGUAGAGAAGUAGCCUCUUAUGAUAAUGAUGCUCCCACCACCAUGCUUCACUGUUGGGAUGGUGUUCUUCGGCCCCCUUUUUUAUUUAAGUGGAGGAGUUUUAUGAGGUUUAGGGACUGAUUUGGACUGACAGCUGCUUUCAUGCUGUCCUGUAGGCCUUUUUGAGUGACUGUUGUUUUCUGUUCACCUCCAUCACUACUCUGAGAGUGUAGUGUGCUGAAACUGGAUGUUGUGGUUCCGUGUGUGCUUUAUAAUGUCUCUGAGAACUUGAAGCUUCAUCACCUUCACCAUAAUUAAUGCUCGUUGAAUCAAUUGUACUUUUUACAUUUUUGGUUAUGUUUAUGAAUAUAUCCUUUUUUUCAUAUUUGUAAGUUUGAAGUCAAGACAUUUGUGCUUAAAGUGAAGUGGAAAUAUGCACUGUGUGUGUGUGUGUGUGUGUGUGUGUGUGUGUGUGUUUGCGCGUGUGUACAUAAAUGUAUUAAUUUACUGUAAAUAGGGUGUUGCAAUGUAGUCACCUUUUUCUGUUUACUGUUCCAGAACUAAUGCUUAAUAAGGACUUGGAGUUGUCUAUCAUUAAAACAAAAAUUGUACAGGAA